AUGGUCAACGCUCUGGCUCUUCUGGCUCUUGCCGGCCCUGCCUUUGCCGGCGUUAUGCAGGCUCGAAGCGCCGACUACAUUCAACCUUACUCUUCUGUUGGUGAAUGGGUUCACCAGAGUGAUGGCCACUCUUCGUGGUCUACCCCGUGCACCACCUCGACUAGCUCGACCAGCACCCACUCGACCAGCACCCACUCGACCAGCACCCACUCGACCAGCACCCACUCGACCAGCACUAAGCACACCACCACCCCGUGCACCACCUCGACCAGCACCACCCACUCGACCAGCACCAAGCAUACUACCACCCCGUGCACUACUUCUACCAGCACUAAGCCCACCACUACCCCGUCCACCACCAGCACCAAGCCUUCUCACACUCCCGUGAAGCCUGGUCCCACCACUAAGACUAUCACCAUUGUGACCACGACCUGCCCUGUCACCUCGUCGACUGUCACUGAGGGAACUACCACCUUUACCAUCCCUGUUACCAAGACCAGCACCAUCACCCUGACCAAGACCACCGUCUGCACUCUGUGCGAGGAGCCUGUCACUUUCCACAACUCCACCGUACCUGCCACUAAGCCGACCUCUGCUGUCGUUGUGCCUGUCACUAAGCCAACCUCUGCUGUCGUUGUGCCUUCUGAGUCCAGCGUCCCGGCCCAGUCCAGCGUCCCGGCCCAGUCCAACGUCCCGGCUCAGUCCAACGUCCCGGCUCAGUCCAACGUCCCGGCUCAGUCCAACGUCCCGGCUCAAUCCAACGUCCCGGCUCAGUCCAGCGUCCCGGCUAAGCAGCCCUCUGUCGAGUCUGCUGCUCAGCCUGCUGCAACCCAGCCUGCUGCCACGGCUGCUCAGUCCACUCCCGAGGCCAGCUCUACCGGCGUCUUCACUGGUGCCGCCUCCAGCGUCAAGCCCGCUGCUGGCCUCCUGGCUGGUAUCGUCGGUCUGAUGGCCCUUCUGUAA